AAACGAACCUGCGUAAAAUGUAAGAUGCUCUACUACAAUCGGAUUUGGGACGCCGAUGUGUAUUCACGAAAGUCUAGACGGCUCCUCUGUGAAUUAAGGUGCAUAGAGUAACUAUGCAAGUAUACACGGGUUUCCGAUUGCAUUACAUGCAAAGAAUUACUCUUUACUCUCAAGACUCUUAAAUAGGUGUUUUCAAUUGGUAUCUCAAGACCGUUACAUGUCAUUAGUUAUUAGUUAACAACGAUUGAACUAUAUGUCAACAAUACUACGUGCAUUUGACAUUGUUGUUUUGUUAUCUUUAUUUUUAGAUAGCAACUCGAAUGCAUGUGAUUCUUUGGAUUAUAAUGCCAGAGAACCUACACCUGAUUCAGCAAUAAUGGAUCGAUCGACGAAUGACAGCAAGGGUCAAUUGGAAGAUUUAAUGACAAUUGAGGAUUUUGAAAGGGAAUCGGAAAAGAACACCGAGCCUAAGAUCUGGAGGUAUGUUUCUCAUGGCGCUGGUAUUGGUCAAACAUUGAAGAGAAAUUGUGAAUACUUUCAGCGGUAUCUGUUUCGACCUCGUGUGAUGCGAGAUGUUUCUCAACUUGACAUGGGCACAACCUUACUUGGAGAACAUAUAAACUCUCCGAUAUGUGUUGGUGUGACUACAGCACAGGAUAAGAUGCACGUCGAUGCGGAGCUUGCAACGGCAAAGGCAUCACGCGCUCAUAGAACAUGUAUGGUUGUAAGCACUUGGUCUAGUGUGUCAAUGGACGAUGUGGCAACCGUGGAAGGGCUUAAAUGGUUCCAGAUUCAUCCGUUUCAUCACAGAGAAGAGACAACAAGGAGGUUGGUGACACGGGCGGAAAAUUGUGGCUAUAAAGCCAUAGUGCUUACAAUUGACUCAAGAGUCGUUGGUCGUGAAUUCGGGCGUCUCAUGUCCUCGGGAGGAUUUGGAUUUACUCCCCUUCACGAACUCCCAAACUUGAAAGAAUUCGGCAAGAUAGAAUAUCACGACCCAAGUGCAUCUUGGGAAUACGUGGAUUGGUUAAAAACUAUUACAAAUUUACCAAUUGUUAUCAAAGGAAUAUUAACAGCAGAAUCAGCUAAUGAAGCGAUCCAACACGGGGCAGACGGUAUUAUAGUCUCGAACCAGGGAGCUAGACAUCUUGAUGGUAUGGUUGCAAGUAUUGAAGCACUCCCGGAGGUGGCUAAGGCGAUCAAUGGAAGAUGCGAGGUGUAUCUUGACAGUGGUAUUCGACGUGGAACCGACAUAAUCAAGGCCCUGGCACUAGGUGCUCGUGCUGUAUUCGUUGGUAGACCUAUACUAUGGGGACUGGCGUGUGGGGGAGAGGCUGGUGUAGACAGAGUAUUGACAUUGUUAGAGGAUGAGCUGAGCAACGCCAUGGCAUUGUGUGGAGUGGCCAAAGUGGCUGACAUAGACAAUUCACUUGUGAGACACGACACUCGCCCCCAUGUAUCAAAAUACUAAGAAUGACGAAAUUAUGUUUCAAUGAUGCAUGACAUGUUAACUUUUCUCACUUUAAUGAAUGAUAUCUAUGAUAGAAAAACAUGACACAUCAAUGUUAUUCCAGUUGUUCCCCGUUAUUAUUUCAUCGUUCGAUAGCCUUUUUCUAGAUUUUAAGUUCUUGUACUUAAAUCCUUUAAUAAUAGAUGUACAUCUUGUGUCAUCAAGAAG